AUGGCUGACCUCCCCACCACCUUUGACAAGCCCGUCCACAUCGCCGUCAUCGGCGGCACGGGUCUUGCCCACCUCGAAGGAUACGACCCCGUUGCCGUGCUGAACCCCGUCACGCCCUGGGGCCCUCCGUCCUCGCCCAUCCACAUCCUCUCUCACAACGGCGUGUGCAUUGCCUUUCUCGCUCGCCAUGGCUUGCACCACCAGUUCGCCCCCCACGAGGUGCCCAACCGUGCCAACAUUGCCGCCCUGCGCCACAUCGGAGUGCGAUGCCUCAUUGCCUUUUCAGCCGUUGGCUCCCUGCAGGAGGAGAUCAAGCCCAUGGACUUUGUUGUCCCUGAUCAGGUGAUUGACCGCACAAAGGGCAUUCGUCCCUUUACCUUUUUCGAAGGUGGUGUUGUCGGCCACGUUGGCUUCGCAGACCCCUUUGACGCCGGCUUGGCCGAGGUGGUCAAGACGUGCGCAAAGCACAUGGACGGCCAAGGGGUUGUGCUCCAUGAAAAGGGCACCGUCAUCUGCAUGGAGGGUCCGCAGUUCUCGACCCGGGCCGAGUCCCACAUGUACCGGUCCUGGGGCGGCUCCGUCAUCAACAUGUCGACCCUCCCCGAGGCCAAGCUGGCGCGGGAAGCUGAGAUGGCUUACCAGGUCAUUGCCAUGGCGACCGACUACGACUGCUGGCACUCGUUUGAGGACGUCAAUGUCGAGAUGGUAGGCAAGUACAUGCAGGCCAACGGCAAGAACGCCAAGAGGCUGGUUGGUGGUGUGCUGGAUCAGCUCUCGAGACUCGAGCACAGCGACCUCGUCAUGGCCAAGCAUUGGGAGGGCUCAAGCCGAGGCGCCGUCAUGUUCAUGACCAAGCCCGAGGGUAGGAACCCGGAAGCCAUGAAGAAGGUGGAAUACCUCUUCCCAGGCUUCUGGGAGCCUUGA